AUGUCGUCCCUUUUGGAUUUGCCUGAAGUAACCUUAGACUUAAUCCUCAACCAACUUUCACCAAAAGAACUAUGUAGAAUGUUAGAGGUGUGUGUUUUCUUAAGGGAUAAAUGUAAAAGUGAUGAUUUAUGGGAAAAGCACUUGAAAAACAAAUGGGGUAGAGUUAUUGGUGAGGCUGUUUAUAAAGAGUGGCAUUUGCAUGUUACAAAAGCGAAGGAAGGGAAUCAUGGAACCAACAAUCAGAAUGGAUCAUUUGGUUCCUUUGUUGGUGUUUGGCCUAAUCUCUACCUUUGUUCUUACUUACAAGAUUCUUCGUUGGUAAUUAAUAAUCAAUGGUCAAAUCACUUCAUGAUGUCUUUGUUUUUCUCUUUAGAACGUGGUAGGUUUUGGUUUCCUGCUCAGGUUUACAAGGGGUUAGUGGUUCAUGAUGCCUUGGUUAGAUAUGACUAUGAAUCAAAUACCUUUCAAGCUAGAUAUCAACAUGGUGGUUGGCGAUUAUUUGGAAACAACAUGGAGUGGGAUAUGGUGAGAGUUCCAUCCGUUGAUUCUCAUCCAUAUGUUGUUCACGUGUCUGACUGUUUAGACAAGUUGAAACCAGGGAAUCAUAUUGAGAUCCAGUGGAGAGGAAAUACUCAAAGUCCUUAUGAUUGGUGGUACGCUGUUAUUGGCCACUUAGAAUCAUGUAACAAGAAUGAGAAUUAUUGCCGGUGCUAUUGCAGCGAUACCAUAAUGGUGGAGUUCAAGCAAUAUCCUGAAAGAUCGAAUAUGAGACGAAUAAAGUUAUCAAGAAAGAAUGGAGAACAAGGCGAUAGAGCAGGCGGAUUCUAUGGAGGAAUUAGAAAACUUUAUAGUUCGGAUGAAAUCGAAGCAUGGAAGAAGUUAAUCCUUCUGGUAACCAAUGUAUUUGGACCGUGGAUUCUUUAUGCCUCCAGUGGCAGCACAAUUUCCAAUCCACUAGAUUUUGAAGUGAAUUUCAGGAGGCUUGUUCAAUCUUGUGAGCCUAAGAUAGAUGUUAUAGCAAAUGUCUCCGACAGUGUAUCCAUCUUAAAGAAAGAAGUUGGAAGGAAGAGAAUUCACAAGGAUGUCACAUUUAGUCAGAAAUGGAAUAAGGGUCUUCAUAGAUGGACUGCAAAUGAAAAUGAGCCAAGUGUAGAGGGCCGUUAUUGCAAAGGAGUCAUGAAAACUGCUGAACUAAUAAAGAAUUCUACUAAUGAUGGUCAUAGUUGUGAAAAUAUGGUCAAAGAGCCUAGAAAAGUACAUGAUAGAGGAACGGUUGAGAAACCUUCAUCUUCUACUCUAGAUUGA